AUGGCUGAAUACUGGAAAUCAACGCCGAAAUACUGGUGCAAACAAUGCCAGAUCUACAUCCGCGACACAGCCUUUGAGCGAACCCAACACGAAGCCACGGGCAAGCACCAAGGAAACCUCAAGCGCUUCCUGCGCGACAUUCACCGCGACAACGAGCGAUCGCAACGAGACGCACAACGGGCAAAGGACGAGGUCGAACGAUUACGGCAAUCCGUAUCUGGGAAACCUGGGGACAAAGCGCCAUGGAAGAACGGCGCGUCGUCAACACCAGCGGCCCCGCCGCCACGACCGGUGUCAGUGGAAGAGAGAAAGAAGCAAAUGGCACAGCUUGCGGAGAUGGGCGUUGCGAUUCCUGAUGAGUAUCGACGUGAUAUGGCGCUUGCCGGAGAUUGGCAGACGGUCUCGGAGAAGGUUAUCCGGGCGCAGGAUGAGGAGGAGACACAACAGUCUACCCUGGGGGUGAGGAAGCGGAAACAUGAUCUUGACGAGGAGGAAGAAGAGGCCAAGCGCGAGGCUGAGCGGUUUGUGAGUAAGGGGUGGGGGUCGGCUACGAGGCGGUAUCCUGGUGCUCAGGAGGAUGAGGACCUGGAUGCGCUUUUGGCGUCUACGAAGGAUGCCAAGAAGGCGAAGAUUUCUGGGGCAGAAGCAGAGAAGGGUGCAUCUGCUAAGGAGGAGGACCAGGCGAAUGAGGGAGCUCCAGUCAGCGAAGACGCUGAUCAAACGCAUCUACCGAAGGAAGAAGACACCACGGGAGACAAGCCGUCUAUUCCACCCGCAUCGAAAGAGCCAGAAGAACCAACUGUAGGCGUUGUUUUCAAGAAACGCAAACCAAAGGCCAUGAGGAGAUAG